UCACAUUGGUCCAUAAGGGAGAAACAUGGCCCUGCCAGCUGUCCUUGCUAAGGAUGUAGCUGCAGAACACUAGACUAAAGGGUAGUUCGAGAGAGUAAAAGGCCAGCAUCCCUUGUCCUGCCAGGUGCCUGGGUGCACAAUGGGCCGCUUGGAUGACCACGCCAAGAAGCGGAUUGUAGAGCUGCGCAAAGCUGGGCUGAGCUUCCGCAAAAUCAAAAAGGUUCUGGAGCUGGACAACAUCCGGGUGACCCCCCAGGCUGUCUACCUGUUCCUGAAGCGAAAGAAUGUGGAGCCUGCCCAGUCCCCAACUGCCUCCCAUUCCCAGCCAGCCACAGGCCGGGGGAACAGGACAACGACCAUCAAUGGAUCUGGCUGGGAGGACGAACAGCUCUGGAACUUGCUGCAGGAAAAUGAGACUGAACAGAGCAAGCAGCUGGAGCCCCUGGGCAGUAGGCAGUCAAGUCCCAGGUCCCCAGUGCCCCCUGGAGGAACUGUUGUGAGCUCUGAGAGGCUCUCCAUCCAUGACAACCAGGACAGCAAGGAAGGCAUCAAAAUUGUCAGUGUGACUUCACUGUGCAAGGACAGUGGGCAGUUUGGGAAUGUGUCUGCUGCACCAAUGGGCCCCUCUCCAGGGCCACAGCUGACCCCCAGUAACAGUGAUGACGGCUCUGUGACUCAUCCCUCUCCUUUGAGCAGCCGCUCAGCUCUGCUUCCACCAGCAUCCUCCCAGCACCAGUUGAACAACAGGGGGAAAAUAUUUCUGUCCCCUGCCAGGAACCCAGCCUUAAUUGUGAAGAAGAAGAUUGUAGAUAGAGCCAUCCACCUCCAGAAAAAGGUGAACAUUCAGAAUGGGCAGAAUCCAUCUGGCUCUACAAGCGCCCUGCCUUUUGUGGUAGGAGUGCAGCCAGGCAGCCAGCCUCCCAGGAUGAACCCAGCUACCAUGGCAGCUUCCACGAGCCACCACACACAGGUCAAAGAUGCCGGCACUCAAACUGUCCCGCUCAGUGGUGCCAGUCCCCUGGGCAGUCAGAACUCAGUGUGGGGAGGGCAGAUGCUUGCCGUCUCCCAGAACCCUCUUGCCAUUGUCGAGAAGCUGGAUGCACUACAUUCAGAGAUCCAUAAACUGACUCAUACCAUGCAGGCUGUGCUAGAGAGGCAGUGCAGCAUGGAGCGCCAGCAGGAGCAGCAGCAGCGUUUCCAGCAAGAAGUGCUUAUGACGCUUCAGCAGCUCAGCUCCACAGUCAGCCAUGGGGCAGUGCCAGGAAACCAGCCCUGUGUUCCUUUCAGCAGCAUGGCAGAUCCCUCACCCACUGUACCAAACUUCAGCCAGUUCAAGAUGGAGAUCAUCUAAUGCAAGGUAAAGGCCAACAGGUCUCAGUGGAUCUAGGAAGGAGAGUGGCAGCAGGGACCAACUAGCAGAAGAUCCUAAGGGACAUGGGCAUUCUCACUGCAGACUGCUCCUGACACUCUUCCUGCAAAGGUAGAAUGCUGGGCAGCCAGUACUACCUUGAGGCUUCAUCUGCUCUGAUCUAGUUAACCAGGAGCUGCUACCUGCUGGAAGAGGCACAUGCUGAUGGGAAGCUGUAACCAGCUUGUUUUAAAAGAAAGCCUUAAUUCUACUCCUCUGUGCACCAAGUGAGUGCUGGCUUAGCCAGCAACCUACAGGGUCAGUUGCUGGGGUGUUCCAGCUCCAGUGCAGCAAAAACACAAUUAGGCUGUAGGCUGCAUGCUCUCCUUUGCUCAGAGGAAACAUCUCUUAAUGUUUACACUCUUGGGGGAAUGAGCACCUGGAAAACCAGCCUGGGAGGACACUUCAUGCUUUUUCCUCUUAUGAAUCUCAGUAAAGUCUAUAUGUGCUCUGGAACGUCCUGAACACUGUUUCUGGGUAGGUUAAUUUGCACCACCAUCUCAUCUGUAGAGAAGUGCUUAUAUUGAAGUGCUGUUGAAUUUCCGCACCCCCACCCCAGUACUGCUCAUGGAUGCCAGGGACUCAGCCCCAGCCUUCAGCUAUCGCUGCUUACUUUGUUCUGUCAUGGCAACUAACUUCUCAGCUUAACACUGUCUGUUGCAAUAAUUCUGGUCCUCUUUGGAUGUGUCUACAUAUACAAUUGCAGUGCCUGAAUAAACCGUGGAGCUUAUUUCAUAGAUUUCAUAGACAUUAGGGCUAGAAGACACCUUGGAAGAUCAUCAAGUUCAGCCCCCUUCCCCAGGGGUAGGAAGUCAGCAGGGAUCAUAGGAUC